AGGAAGAAGAAACAGAGGAGGAGGAGGAAGAAGAACAGAAGAGAGGAGGAGACAGUCACAGUCAGCCCCAGUCACAGUCACCCCCAAGCACCUUCAGACAGUCACAGUCAGCCCCAGUCACAGUCACCCCCAAGCACCUUCAGACAGUCACAGUCAGCCUCAGUCACAGUCACCCCCAAGCACCUUCAGACAGUCACAGUCACCCCAGCACAGCCUUCAGAAGUCACAGUUUCAGACAGUCACAGUCACCCCAAACACCUUCAGACAGUCACAGUCACCCCCAAACACCUUCAGACAGUCACAGACAGUCACAGUCACAGUCACCCCCAAGCACCUUCAGACAGUCACAGUCACCCCCAAGCACCUUCAGACAGUCACAGUCACCCCCAAACACCCCAGACACCCACAGUCACCCCAAGCACCUUCAGACAGUCACAGUCACCCCAAACACCUUCAGACAGUCACAGUCACCCCCAAACACCUUCAGACAGUCCCAGUCACCCCCAAACACCUUCAGACAGUCAGUCAGUCACCCCAAACACCUUCAGACCUUCAGACAGUCACACCCCAAGCACCUUCAGACAGUCCCACAGUCACAUCCCAAACACCUUCAGACAGUCCCAGUCACCCCAACAACUUCAGACAGUCACAGUCACCCCCAAACACCUUCAGACAGUCCCAGUCACCCCCAAACACCUUCAGACAGUCACAGUCACCCCAAGCACCUUCAGACAGUCACUAAACACCUUCAGACAGUCCCAGUCACCAAACACCUUCAGACAGUCACAGUCACCCCCAAACACCUUCAGACAGUCCCAGUCACUCCCAAACACCUUCAGACAGUCACAGUCACCCCCAAACACCUUCAGACAGUCCAACCACAGUCACAGUCCAAACACCUUCAGACAGUCCCAGUCACCCCCAAACACCUUCAGACAGUCGUCACCCCACCCACCCAAACACCUUCAGACAGUCCCAGUCACCCCAAACACCUUCAGACAGUCACAGUCACCCCCAAACACCUUCAGACAGUCCCAGUCACUCCCAACCUUCCGACAGUCACAGUCACCCCCAAACACCUUCAGACAGUCCCAGUCAGUCACAGUCACCCCCAAACACCUUCAGACAGUCCCAGUCACCCCAAAACACCUUCAGACAGUCACAGUCACCCCAAACACCUCAGACAGUCACAGUCAGCCUCAGUCCCCUCACCUUCAGACAGUUCAGACAGUCACAGUCACCCCAAACACCUUCAGACAGUCACAGUCACCCCCCAAACACCUUCAGACAGUCACCAGUCACCCCAAACACCUUCAGACAGUCACAGUCAGCCUCAGUCCCAGUCACCCCCAAACACCUUCAGACAGUCACAGUCACCCCAAACACCUUCAGACAGUCACAGUCACCCCCAACACCUUCAGACAGCCACAGUCACCCCUUCAGACAGUCCCAGUCACCCCCAAACACCUUCAGACAGUCCCAGUCCACCUUCAGACAACACCUUCAGACAGUCACAGUCACCCCCAAACACCUUCAGACAGUCACAGUCACCCCCAAACACCUUCAGUCCUCACAAACACCUUCAGACAGUCACAGUCACCCCAAACACCUUCAGACAGUCACAGUCACCCCAAACACCUUCAGACAACAGUCCCAGUCACCCCCAAGCACCUUCAGACAUUCACAGUCACCCCCAAGCACCUUCAGACAGUCACAGUCAGCCCCAAACACCUUCAGACAGUCACAGUCACCCCCAAGCACCUUCAGACAGUCACAGUCACCCCCAAGCACCUUCAGACAGUCACAGUCACCCCCAAGCACCUUCAGACAGUCACAGUCACCCCAAACACCCCAGACAGUCACAGUCACCGCCAAGCACCUUCAGACAGUCACAGUCACCCCCAAACACCUUCAGACAGUCACAGUCACCCCCAAACACCUUCAGACAGUCACAGUCACCCCAAACACCUUCAGACAGUCACAGUCACCCCCAAGCACCUUCAGACAGUCACAGUCAUCCCCAAACACCUUCAGACAGUCCCAGUCACCCCAAGCACCUUCAGACAGUCACAGUCACCCCCAAACACCAUCAGACAGUCACAGUCACCCCAAACACCUUCAGACAGUCCCAGUCACCCCAAGCACCUUCAGACAGUCACAGUCACCCCAAACACCUUCUCAGGACAGUCAUAA